AUGAAGUACCUUGACGUCCCGCACUUCGCGAGGCUCAACACCUUCCUCGACACAGUGGACGUGGGCAACUAUGUCGUGUGCGGAGGCCUGGAAGCCUAUUCCUGCAAGCUGGCCGGCCUGGACAAAAAGCUCUCCCGCAGCCUCGACGAAGAGAUACAGAUGGAGAGCCCACCCUCCGUGCUGGCGGAGUCGCCCGUGGGGCCGACCGGAGAGAGCGCCAGUCGAAAAACACUCAUCUACUUGAUACUCACUCUGAACCACGCAUUACCCGAUUACGAUUUCAGCCAGCUGAGGGCUCACCACUUCAAGAGGGAGUUGGACCUCUCCCUUCUUGAAGAAACAGUCCAACGCCACCUGUCGGAAAUCGCGAAGGUUUGGGAGAGCGCCCCCGAUGUGAAUGACCUCUCAUUCCUGGAGAGCGUGAGGAAAGCCAUUGAUGAGGCCAUUGAACUGAACAGCUGCGAGGUGUAUCAAUACAGGCCAGACGUGGACGCAGACUUGUUUGAUGAUGAGGGCAAGCUGUGGAGCUUUGCAUAUCUUUUCUACAAUAGGAAGCUCAAGCGCACUGUAAUGUUUGGCUGCCGAGGCGUCAGUAAGAUUGCCAGGAGAAAAUCAGCGACCCUGUGCUCGGACUCUUCUGACACAGAAAGCGACGUGGACUACGGCAUGGCAGCCGAGAUGGACGUUUAA